AUGGGAACAAGGCCGAGAAAUGAUCUUCACAUGAACAUUCCAGCCUUACGCAAGCUCGACUAUAUGCUCCUUGAAUGUCUAGACAACUUUAAAGACCAAAACGAAUUCUACUACGCGUCAAAAGAUGAUGAGGACUCUAAGGAUGGAAAGAACCAAAGAAAAGACAAGUGGUGGAUUCCAGUCCCAAAAGUCCCGCCAAAUGGCAUUUCAGAGGCUACGAGAAAAUGGUUGCAAUAUCAAAAGGAUUCGGUCACCCAAAUACUAAAAGCAGCUAUGGCUAUAAAUGCUCAGGUCCUUGCAGAAAUGGAAAUUCCAGAAAACUACAUCGAGGCACUACCUAAGAACGGGAGAUCAAGUCUGGGGGACUCUAUAUACAAGAGCAUCACGGAUGAUUUCUUUGAUCCAGACUACGUGCUCUCCACCCUAGACCUGUCCACGGAGCAUAAAAUACUCGACCUCAAGAAUAGGAUAGAGGCAUCGGCAGUGAUCUGGAAGAGGAAAAUGAACGCUAAGGAUAGCAAGUCAACUUGGAGCUCGGGCAUGAAAUCCGAGAAAAGAGAACUGUUCGAAGAGAGGGCCGAGACAUUUUUGCUUAUCCUGAAGCAUCGUUUUCCUGGGCUUCCCCAAUCUGAACUGGACAUCACCAAAAUACAGUAUAACAAGGAUGUGGGCCAUGCCAUCCUCGAAAGCUACUCCAGGAUCAUUGAGAGCCUGGCAUUCACAGUCCUCUCAAGAAUAGAAGAUGGCCCGCAACUCCCACCCAAGCCCGGCCCGCGUGGAAAAUCUAAUCCUUUCGAAUCUAAAUUCUUUACAACACAAUCCAUUGUUUACGAUGUAUGA